AUGUUUUCAGACUCGACGGACGUCUGUCUGCAUAUGGUGAAUGCCGAGAGUACCCGUGUGGCAUUCUUGGGACUUAUCGACCGACCUCCGCUCACCGAUCAGCUCCUUGCACGACCACCGUUCAGAUUUAUUCUCGACAUCGAUCAGUUUUCAUCCGAUGACUUAAACCCAUCGAAAUUCAACGACAAAAAUUCGAAAGUCGCUUUUUUGGACAGUUUGCUUCAAAUACUUAACGACGGUUCAUUGGAUAAUGUGAAGUCGUCGAAAAUCGUAGCUGGGAAGGAACCGGAACUCACUAAUUUGAUGUUGAUAAAGCUAGCAGAGCAGGCUCGAGCUCAUAGACAUGAUAAAAAGUCCAGCAGACGAAGCUCGGUUUAUCAACGAAAUUCCGAAAUUCCGUUGAAGACCAAACAUCGAUCGAAAAGCAAAGAGUUAAAGGGAGAAAACUCGAAAACUCACGAUAAAAACAAGCAUGCUGGUGAAGAGGAGAAGAAAACUGAGGACAGGAAGAAGCGAAGUAAAUCGAAGGAUCGUAAAAGUCAUGAUAGAAUCAGCAAUAAAAAGAUAGACGAAGGAAAGAGACGAGAGAAAUCGAAUCACGCAGAGAAACGGAAGAAAGAAGGUGACGAAAAAAAUCGGGACAUUAACAGCAACCUUGUAAAACAUCAGGCCGAGCAAGAAGUCGAAGAACAAAAAUCGUUGCCUAGUGCGAUUGCGAGACCACAAACAGCAUUAGGAAGACCUGGCACGGCGGCGGCGAGGCCUGCUCCUCCAAGAUUAAAACGGAAGCAGAUAGCAACGGUUGAAAAAACAAAUGCGACGCCUGCCCAACAAACAGCAGAACUCAUCAGUGAAUCAGCUCCGCCAGCGCCUAACGAAACGUUUUUGGUUGAAGAUGAUGAGGAAGUGGAAAAACCACCACCGGACGAUUCUCGAUUUUCAGAGGUGCAAGGCGCAAUCAGUGAACAGGGAGGAUUAGUGCGAAAAAUAAUUGACACAACGGCGGAAUUCGAAGUGGGCACGUUAAAUGAUGCUACUGAGAUCCACCAAGGAGAGUUUGCUAAAGAGAAAACCAAGUCGGAAGCAUUGUUGAACGCUCUUCAAGAAGUAACAAGAACUGCGAAUCCAUUGUCUCGAAUUUUUGAGUUUGCUCAGGAAGAUUUGGAGUCUAUGGUAAAAGAGUUGGAGAAGUGGCGGAAUGAAACGAAGAAAUACGAAACGUUGUUAGAGGACAAGGAAGCCCAAGGAAUUGGCGAAACUCACAAGCUUUGGAAAAUUUUGAAUCGACUAGAUGAGGAACUGAAAGAUAUCCGAUUAUCGGUGACGGCAGCGAAGGCGAGAAUUAUAGCGAACAAUGAACGUAUCCAUGAAAUGCUGAACAACAUAUAG